UCUUCACUUCCGGGUUGACGGAGGAAAAAGCUAGUCGGGCUAACGUGUCCGAAAACACGGCAGACGAAGUGGACAAAGACUAUGAGGGCGCAUGUUUUAAGAAGGUAUGUAAAGCCACUCGUCGUCUCUCUAGUGAUUUUCUUCUCCGCGUACGGCUUGCUUGAUAGAAAUGCGUCCGUUCAACAACUUCCGACGCCGAGUCCGGCAGAGGACCGACUUCUGUCCCCGGAAACGUACAAGUACCUCCUGAACCAGCCUGGCGCCUGCAAACGCUCAAGCCCCUUCCUGGUCUUCAUGGUCCCGGUGGCCCCUCAUGCGUCCUCAGCUCGGGAGGCCAUCAGGAUGACAUGGGGGGCCGCCAGCCAGGACACCCUCACCUUGUUCUACAUGGGACUCCCCGUGGGGGGCCGGCUGAGGAGCAUCCAGGACAUGCUGGAGGAGGAAAGCAGGACACAUGCUGACGUCAUCCAGAUGGACUUCCUGGACACCUACCAGAACCUGACCAUCAAGACCGUGAUGAUUAUGAACUGGCUGGCCGUCCACUGCCCCAACGUGUCCUACGCCAUGAAGGUGGACUCCGACAUGUUCGUCAAUGUCUUCCACCUGCUUUCUCUUCUGAGCAGGUCUCCGAGGCGCCGUUUCAUCACGGGGUCGGUCAUAAGCGACGGAAAACCGAAGAGGGACCCCAAACACAAGUGGAAAAUUUCCGAGCAGACGUACCCAGAGGACAGCUUCCCUCCGUACGUCUCGGGGGCCGGUUACGUCUUCUCAGGAGACCUGGCCGCCGCCAUCUCCCGGGCGUCCAGGUUCGUCCGCAUCGUCCCUCUGGAGGACGUGUACGUGGGACUGUGCCUGCGGGUGCUGGGAGUCCGACCCGCGUACUCCAGGAGCUGGCUGACGUUCGGGAAUUUGUUUGAAGUCCGCGAUCUGGAGUACGACAGGUGCUCGUUUGCCAGACGGGUUCUUGUCAACGGCUUUAAUUCUUCGAAACUUCUGCACGCCUGGAAGGAUUUCUCACAAGGAUAUAAAAGCUGUUAUGUAUUCUAAUAAACAAGAAGAAGAAGAAGAAGAGGAAGGAAGGAGUUUUUCACGGUCGUCCUUUCUUGGACCAGUUGCAGGUGGUCAGACCUGUUUGGUUGCUGCACAACUCCACAAACAAUGUUCUUGCUUGGAAUUGACUUCGCAAUUCAAAAAUCUCUGUAUUCAUUAUUAAUAUAUAUAUGUAUAUAUACAUACACACAUAUAUCUACCGCUGCUGCUCACUGCUCCCCUCACCUCCCAGGGGGUGAUCAAGGGCGAUGGGUCAAAUGCAGAGAAUAAUUUCGCCACACCUAGUGUGUGUGUGACAAUCAUGGGAACUUUAUAUAUAUAUAUAUAUAUAUAUAUAUAUAUAUAUA